CACGCACAUGAAUUCAGGCACGCUGACAAAUUGUUUUACACAAUUGCACGCUGCCCAACCGAAAUGACAAAGCCACCUGCUCACACGACCCUCGCUGCUGCACUUUGAGGCAUCCAUACAUGCAUUCGGUUCAAAAUCAAAGAGUUAGAGUCGAUCUUGCAGUCAUGGAGCCAGCGGCCGGGGCUGCCGCGCCUCCUGCCCCCGCGGUCACCCCGACCGGCAGCGGCACCCAUGCAGUUGGCCAGCCGCGGCCCUUUCUCGUGGCGGUUCACUGCGGCGCGGGGGCGCAUGCGGUCAGCAAGGAGCCAGAGUACAGGCAGGCCAUGUCGGCGGCGUGCCGGGCGGCGGCGGCGGUGCUGGGCGGCGGUGGCCGCGCGGAGGAGGCCGUGGCGGCGGCGGUGCGGGUGAUGGAGGACUCUCCCUGCUGCAACGCGGGCACGGGCGCUUGCCUCAACCUGGCGGGGCGGGUGGAGUGCGACGCCGGACUGAUGGCGGGGGACGGCCGCUUCGGAGGGGUGGGCGGCGUGGCAGGUGUGCGCAACCCCAUCCUGGCGGCGGCGGCUCUGGCGGCGGAGGCGGGUGCGGCGCUCAGCUGCGGCCGCGUACGACCCAUGCUGUUGGUGGGGGAUGGCGCGCGGCUCUACGCGGCGGCGGCGGGUCUGGAGGCCGUGCCGCCCCACCUGCCCGUGCCGCCCGAGUACCAGGUCACGGACGGCGCCCGCAGGUCCUGGGGCAGGUACUGCGGCAUGAUCAGGGAGGCAGCCCAGGAGGAGGAGGCAGCGCAGCACCAGCGCCACCAGCGCCACCAGCAGGGGCAGCAAGUGCAGCAGGGGCAGCAGGGGCAGCAGGGGCAGCAGGGGCAGCAGGGGCAGCAGGGGCAACGUGCGGGGCGACCAGGGGCACAGCAACCGCGUCAUGACCGGCCGCCGGCAGUAGCAGCAGCAGCAGUAGCGGGCACUGAUGCUAGGGGGCCCUCACCUGCAGCCACCCUUCCUGCCGCCGCCCUCCCAGCGGCCGCCGCUCCUCCAAACGGCGACAGCAGCAGCUGCCCUGCGGCGAAGCGGCAGCGCGUGUCGCCGCACGGGGCUGGUGCUGGUGCUGGUGCUGGUGCUGGUGCUGGUGCUGGUGCUGGUGCUGGUGCUGGUGCUGGUGCUGGUGCUGAUGCUGGUGCUGGUCCUAUUGGCGGUGACUGCCGGGACCGCGGCGGUGUUUCGGACGAUUGCGACGUGCGCCAACGCGGGGGUGAUGUGGGGGUGGAAGGCGAGGAUGAGGGCGAGGACGAGGCCGAGAUGCGGCUGGACACGGUGGGCGCCGUGUGUGUGGACUACACAGGCCGCGUGGCGGCGGGCGUGUCCAGCGGCGGCAUUGCGGUAAAGUUCCCCGGGAGGCUGGGGGAGGCGUGUGUGUACGGCGCCGGCUGCUGGGCGCAAAACCCCCUGGUGGGCUGCUACUGCCGCCGCGACGGCAGUAGCAGCAAGGGCGGCUCCAGCCGCCACAAGCAGCAGCAGCAGCAGCAGCAGCUGCAGGAAGGGAAGCUGGAGGUACCGGGGACGGAACGAGCGGUGCCAGCGGCGGGGAAAGCGGGGCAGGCGGCACGGGCGCUCAUGGCCGCGGCACUGCAAGCGGUGGCGCCGCUGCCGCCGCAGCCGCCGCGCCACCUUCUGCCGCCGCUGCCACUGCUACUGCCAGUGCCAGUGCCAGUGCCGGCGCAAUACAACGGCAGUAGCAGCAGCACCUGCAGUGGAAGCCGUGGCGGCGGCGGAGCCGGUGGCAGUGGCAGCAGCAGCCGCGGCGGCGGCGGCGGUGGCGGCAGUAGCAGCUCCAAAAGCCAGCUAUGUACAGGGUGCGGGCAGCCGCUGCUACUGCCGGGCUUCGCGGCUAGCGUGACGGGCGUGGGUGAGGCCGUGGUUCGUGCCGACCUGGCACGGCAGUGUGGCUGGGCGGCUGUAGCAGCCUCCGCGGCAGCGGCAGCGACACAGGCGCAGAGGCAGCAGCAACAUCGGCAGCAGGAGCAGCAACAGCAGGGGCAGGGAAAGGAGCAGCAGCAAUGUCGGGGCGAAAAGGGAAACGCCGGGUGCCAUCCUAAGGCCGCGGGGGAGGAGGAAGAAGCGCAAGAGGCGGGUGAUACGCCGGGUUCGGAUGGGGAGGACGGUGAUGACGACGACAGCACGUGCCUCGAUCAGGACCUGGAGGCGGUCGUGCGGUCGCGGGUGCUGGCAGCCCAGCCGCCACCCGCCGAGUGCGGCGUGCUGGCGGCACGGGUGGAGCUGCGGCCUGCUACAGCCACCGGGGACACCGCCGUCGCCGACGCCGCGGCUGCUAUAGCCUCUGCGGGUCCAGGGCGGGGGCCAGGGGAGUCGGGGGGGCCCAGGGUUCGUGUGCAGGUGGCUGUGGAGGUGGCGGCGCUGCACUGUGCGGCGUCCAUGGGCGUGGCGGUGCUCAGCCACCGCGACUGGGUGCCAGCAGCUACAGCCGCCACAGCUACAGCCACCACAGCUACAGCCGCCCCCGCCGCUCCAGCCGCCGGCGCCAUUGCUCCAGAUGCUGGCGCCGCAGCCGGCACUGCUGCUGCCGCCGCCGCCGCUGCCAGCACAGCACCGCCGCCAGAUGCAGCGGUUGCGGCAGGGGCGCCGCACGGCACAGGUGGCAACGGCGACGGCGGCUUUGCGCCGUCGUCAGAGCGGACAGCAGAGGGGAGAGAGCAGGGGGCUGGGGAGGCGGGGCCGGGCACGAAUGGAGGGCGGUGGGUGCCGUGCGUGACGUUCUUGAGGCGAGUCACUCCUCCGGGCCCUCUCGGCCACCGGGCGCCUCGGGGGGUGGCUCCCGCGGCAGGCAGGGCGGGCGCCGCGGCGGGGGGGCCUGGUAGCGCCCCUACAGGGGUGGGAUCCGGAUCCACAUCGGGAUCCGGGGGAGGAGGCGCGCACGCCCUUGCAGCGAUGGCGUGGUCUGUGGUGUGGUAGGCAGGUGCGCAGUUUGGGGGGUGGCUCACGCCGUUGGUGUGUGAUGGGACAGUGGUAAGGCAAGUUGGUAAAGUCCCGUAGGGUGCAACGGAUUCCCAACAAAUGGCAUACAAUUGGCAGCGGCAGGGCAAGAGUGCGCGGCUGGUCGAACGCCGGAGUUACUGUACCGACGAGUUGCUGGCUGGCUGGAAGUUUGCUGACGCGCAUUCCUCACGCUCCGGGCGCCCGGCCAGGCGAUAGCACCACACAGACACACCGCACCGCCACGCUCGCGAGGCAGAGCCGCAUCGCACCUGCAGGAAGGUGACCAGCUCACGCCGUUGGUACCCGAGUGCCGUGUGUCGGUGUGGCUUUGCCAUGUGAUGUGGGCAGCGAGUCGCCUUGUCAGCUGGGGUGAUUGCUGGAGUCGGCGUUGGCGGGUGCGCGCGCGGGCCGCUGUGGCCGUGUCUGUGCUGGAGAAGGCUGGACUGGUGGCCUGACUGCAGACUGAAUGCAUAGGGUCACCCAAUGCAUAUGUGACAUGGUUCAGGGGGUUCAGGCGUGACGUCCCGAAGAAGGAGGGCUGGGUCCUGCCCCGCAUGCAUUGUAACAUAUGUUGCAA